AUGGCUCCUUUUACAGCGAGACACGCAAAGAUUACGGGAGUAGCUACCUUGACGGUUGCCAGUUUUUAUAUCAUCAAGAAGUAUGGCCCAGGUGUCGGACGAAGGAUCUUGAACAAACUUAAGUUAGGCAGUGGAAAAAGCUCGAGGUUGCUGAUCGAGCCUUCAUUGAACACACAGUCAAAGGUCAAACGGCGAAGUGCAGCACUUGACUAUGAAUUCCUUUGUCAAGCGUGGAAACUUUUAAAAGUUCUCUUCCCAGGUUUUUGGACAAGGCAGGUUGGUUUGUUGUUUCUCCAUUCGCUUUGUCUUUUCCUGAGGACAUUUUUGUCGAUUUACGUGGCAACUCUAGAUGGCCGUAUCAUAAAAUCGGUUGUUCAGAAAAAUGGUUUUAAAUUCGUUUUGUUACUUGUCAAUUGGAUUGGCGUGGCGAUUCCAGCAACGUUCAUAAACAGUAUGAUUCGGUAUCUCGAAAGCAAACUGUCCCUGGCUUUUCGCACACAGCUUGCUAACCACGCUUACGAGAAGUACUUCUCAAACCAAACUUACUAUCGUGUGGGGAACUUGGAUGGAAGAAUAGCGAACGCAGAUGAGUGUCUAACUGAAGACAUUCGCAUGUUUUGUAGUUCAGUAGCUCAUCUGUACUCACAUCUAACCAAACCCUGCCUUGAUGUCUUUGUGAUUUGUUGGACUCUUGAUGGACUUGCAAGAAAAAGAGGAACCUCUUGGAAAAUUCCAGUGAGCAUAGCAGCGGUGGUGGUUUACCUUACUGCCGAGAUUUUAAGGAAACUAAGUCCAAAAUUUGGCAAAAUUGUAGCAGAGGAGUCACAGAGAAGAGGACAUCUUAGAUUUCUUCACUCGAGGGUCAUCACAAAUGCUGAGGAGAUUGCCUUUUAUGGUGGUCAUAAAGUAAGACUUUGUUAAGGUCGAUUUAGACAGCAGGAUUUUUGCGUACGAUUUCCAUGUGCAAUUAGCAUACUUCAUGACUUCACGACAGAUCAUGUCUUGUAAAUUAAACCCAUGACAUCUGUUUGACACAUGUAGAUGUUGUAAGUAAAAAAUUGUGCUCGUGUGUAUGUUUGAAAGUCAUGACAUAUGUUAGUCACACACGAUAGUCGUAAGUAAAAAUAUUUAUUGUAAAGAUACCCAGCCACUAUGAACCAACAAACCCCUUAAAAAUAGGUGGAUAUGCAGACAGCACUCGACUACUAAGGUACUGAUCUGGAUCGGCCUAUCUACAGUCUAACCUCUCUUUUAUGGACAGAAAUGCCAAAAAUCAUAUGUUCCCUACCUUUAUAAUACGGACACCUCUGCAAAGGGGACACUUGAUUCUGUCCUUUUGGUGUCCGUAUUAAAGAGGUUUGACUGUACUUCAUAACUAACCUCUCUAAGAUCCUUUUCUCACUUUUACAUACACUUAGAUCAGCAUAUAAAACACAUACAAUAAUUGUCAACGCCACUGAGGGUAUAAAGAGAUACAAAAAGAAGGGCUAUGUAACAACAUAUGAGUGAGGUUUAUGGUUGCUGAAAAUUUGAAUUCAGGACUUGAGAGGACAAGGCAUAUAAUAAAUGUGCUUGUUUUUCAUUUGUUAUUUGAUGAGAUGCAAAUCUGCAUGAGCUUUUCUUAUGCAAUUGCUCACCUUUGAGUGACUCAUUAAUCCAGCUGUUUCAUGGAUACAGCUUAAAGGUGGUCCCAAUUUGGAAUACCUUGCUACGUAUCCACAUAUCACUCAAAGCCUUAUAGGACUAAGCAUAGAAAAACAAAAGGAUGCAUUCUUAUGUAGCCUGAGAAAAUAUCCAAAAUUUUGUGAUGAGACCACUGGUUUUCCCACAAAAUGAUGUCUGAGAAAUGUUAGCACAAAAUUCCACACUUAUGACUGGUCAGUAUCUUAACUACCCAGAUCUGGGUAGUGUUUCUAUGGCUGAAGCAAAUUUCUCCCAUGGUACAUCCAAUCAGAAGCACUAACCAGUUCUUGGUAGUGAUGUGUCGUCAGUAGAGAGUAUUUCUGCUCAUUCCUCAGAGGUCGUUGAGCAGGGAAAUUGGUGGUGGCAUUUCAAAAUGUCUGCUGUUUUUUGGAUGCCAUUCUUAUUCAAUGUUCCUGCUAGCAGGGAAAUUCAGUGAUAUGGAAAAUAAGUGGCUGGGCACUCUACAAUCUCUAACCAACCUUUUGAAAUUGCAUUGCAUACUAACAAUGUAAAAUGCAGUGGAAAAAGAAGUUUUGGAUUUAACCGUAUAUACCUCGUAAUCAAAACUGAAGGGGUAUGUAAACUCCAGGCCCCAGUUUUUCAAAAGCUGGAUAGAGCUAUCCAUCGGAUAAAUCACCAUCCACUGGAUAAAUAUUAGGGAAACCAAUUGCGCUAUCCACUGGAUUGAGAUUUGUGUUGUGGUUAGGGCUAUCUACCUUUUGAACAACUUGGGCCAGGUGAUUAACAAUAAUAUUAGUAGAAGGGAAAUGAAACUAAGUAAGUCAUACAUGUAUAUGAAGGCAAAUUUGUAGGUUAAUACUAACUAUAAACAAACCAUUGCAAUCCUGUUAAUGACUUAAUCGUACCAUACAAUGGUAAGUGGGAACUUUGGAUUAGUAUAGGUAAUAGCAUGAUUUGUCGUGAUAUUUGACAUAAAUACCACGAGUGAUAUUUCGAAAUUGUUAUACGUAAUUUCACGAGCCGUUGAGACAAUUUUGAAAUAUCACUAGUGGUAUUUAUGCCAAAUAUCACGUUCAAAUCAUGCUAUUAUUUGUUUAUACUACUACCCGCAAAAGGUUUGUAAUUUUCACGUGUAGGUUUUUCAAAUUAAGCUGAAAUACCACUGCUCUAAGCCAAUCAAAUUGCAGAAAUUUCUCAUGUAGUAGUAUAAUAAUUGUCAUAAAUUACCAUAUCUUGAUUUACACUGUAUUCAAACUGCAGGUUGAGCUAUGUUUAUUGAAGCAUAGUUUCAAGUCACUGGCUCAGCAAAUGGAGCUUCUCUUUAGCAAAAGGCUCUGGUUCAUUAUGUUGGAGCAGUUCUUGAUGAAGUACGUGUGGAGUGCGGCAGGCUUACUUAUGGUGGCAUCAAGCAUUUUUUUAGGAAAAGGUAACCCGGCUUUCAGGGUUCUUGAGGUUUUGUUAAACAGAGUUUCGUAUCUUGUGAAUGUAAACAAAUUUAGAAGAAAGCUUAAAGAGGCAGCAGUACACAACAUACAAAAGACUUGACUGGAACCAUUUUCAGUCUAAAUUAUUGAUGAGAGGUUUUGUUUUUGAAUGCCAUAGCCUCCGUGGGUUUGAGACGAGUUGUAUGGGAGGAAGGAGUUACAACUCCCCUAAAAAGGCCUCAACCUGGGAGGCACUGGACACCAAUGAUAUACAGUAAAACUCCUCCCUCCUAAACCCUUACUGUAGUAAUGAAAGUGAAAUUUAAUUCAUCCAAUUCUUUUCAAUAGAAAAAGGGACCAUAUACAAUGUACCUCAAACAUCAUAUUUGAUUACUCUAUUCUGUGUCACAUACUUGUACAACGGUAAAAUAAAUACAUAGUGCCACACCAAGGUGCAAAACUAAAGAGCCUAUCCUCAAUUAGAGCUUUACAAUUCUGUAUAGGUGUUGUUUUAUAGUGUUUGAUCUUUUGUUUUACGUCAUUUAAUUAAUUGAAGUCUUCAGUGUACACUGAACACAAGCCCAUUUUUGUAAUUUCAUGACAAUUGCUCAAAGGGUCUAUGUUACAACAAUAUUGCUGUUCAAGGUCAAUCACGUUCCAAAGUUAUUACUUCAAUCCUAUACGCAUACACAAAAUGUUCGUGUACAGUUACAUAUUAUGUAUGAUGAAGAUAUCAAAAGAGUCUCAUCAGAGAGCACUAACCAUGAAUUGGCCCAACUUUUUCAAGGUUCAAUUCAUGUCCACCCUUGCAACAGACAAGAGGAAACAGGUGAACUCAAUUUUGGAAUUUAAUUGAUCCAAAGAAAAGCUUCAGCUUAUUAAAAAGCCGUAGGAAAUAGCAAGACACACAGUGUAGGCCCUUCAAUAAUCUUUGAAUCUCCAUUUUGUAAAUUUAGGUACUAAAGAACAGCUUGGUGUACUCCAUCAAGCAGUUGGUGAAAGAACAGAACAUGUCACAACGUCACGUUCCCUGAUGGUUUCUGCUGCGGAUGCUAUAGAAAGAAUUAUGUCGUCGUACAAGGAGGUCAGUCAUUCAGUUCUUUGCGAAUCAAGUCUUUUCAGGCUUUUCAAUAGCGAAUAUAGAUGUUUGCCUUCUGUCCCAAUAUCUGGUAGUGCAAUAUACUGACCCUUAGGGUUGAUUUCCACUGUCGCGUAAUUUUUACGUGCGUACGUGCGUAAAAUUUACUUUCGCAAAUAAAAUAGAGGCAAUGCAUGAAAUGUUCGCUCGUAAGCGUAAAAGUUGAACCUCGCUCAACUUCUCGUUUAAUCUCAGCACUUUUUAUCUUGCCUUUAUUAUUUUAUUUACGUGAUUAAAAUGUACGUGCGUUAACGUUUCGUAGCCAAAAAUGCGUCAUUGGAAAUCAACCUUUAUUCAGUCCCAGAGAUAACCUUUGUUUUAAACAGGUACACCGCGAGAAGGUAGUUAUCCGGUAGUCAAGUAACGACAUUAUAAAGAUUAGUCACCUUUGACACCCACACUGCAAAAUGAUGUUUAAUUGAAAGCGUGGGGCCUUAUGCUACAAUAACCUUUAUUAGCUUGUAUGUUUUCGGUUCUUCCAAUUCCAGAUCACGUGAUCUUUUCAAGGACAUCGCCUUUUGCCGUAAAUUAUGGGUACUUGUGCAUGUGGAUAGGACGACAUUUGAAAAAAUAAUUCUCUCAUCACAAGGACUUAAAUGGAAAAACUAAACAUGCAAGCCUAAAAGGUCUCUUGCUAUAAUUAGAGAAGAUACUGGUUUCGGUAAAAAAUUGUGAUAGCGUACAAACAAACAAGAUCAUGAUCACGAUGAGGGAAAUCUGUUUAUAGCUUGUUCCAGGCGUUCCUUUAGUGGUGUGUGUUUUUGCACUGUCCCCACCAUCUGAAAGCCUGGAAUGAGCUUUCAGGUGUAGGCCUUUGACAUCACGGGGUUCAGUUGCAAAGCUCCCUUUUCGUGUGUUAAGACAGCGUAUCUUUGAAGGGCUGAGAGGAAAGCCUCCUGAACUGCUGAAAUUUUAUUCUUUUUUUUCUUAAGAUCAUAGAACUCAGCGGGUACACUGCGCGCGUCUCAGAGAUGUUAGAAAUCUUUGAAGAUGUUCAAAAGGGGCACUGCCGGCGACAAACAUCUUUGGAAAUAAAGGGAAGCGAACGCACCGCUGACGAAGCUGAGCAGCUUUCUAGUGCAGAAUUGGCGGGCCACGGAGAAGUUGUCGACCUGAGUCAGAUGUCAGGAGGUGAAGUAGUUGACACCGAGGGAAACAUUGCUUUGAAGGAUGUCGCUAUCAUCACACCUUGUGGCGAUGUGGUUGUGUCAAGUUUGUCUUUCGAGGUAAAGAAUGAAUAGAGCAUAGGGGAAUUGGUUUGAGCGUAUCAUGCACAGACAGGUGCCACUGACCUGCAAAUAACAGUGGUUCAUCCGUGUCCGACUGAAAUUGGCUCAUGUCCGACGAAAUCUUGACUGUGAUCGGACGUGAUAUCUGGAAAAAAUGAUGCCAAGGAAACUCAAUAUAAUUAUGCAGUUGAAUAAUCUACCAUAUUGUCCCAACGCCAUAACAUUAUUGCAGACAUUCUAUGGCAGUAAAUAGUCUACCUGAGAAUGCCGCACCUACCGUGCGCAACUAACGUUAAAAACGCGUAAUGCGUCCUUGAUUUUGUGCGAUUGUCCAGCCAAAAUUGUGACUUAGCGGUACAUGUCCCCUUUCAGUGAGGAAAAAUUAUUUGCAGCUCUGCCACCAUGAGAGAAUGCCAUCUCGUUUGAAAAGCGUUCUCUGAAAAAUGAGCGUAAGAUUUAAAUCAGUUUUCCUGAAAAUGCAAGCUUCAAGCGUGCACAAGUAUGUGUCCAUGACGCCUAUAUGUGUACUUAACUGGUGGUGUCUUAUAGUCUCUUCACCAUUAGUCAAGGUGGGCCUUUAUCGGGUUCCCCUUGUUUUGACCGCUUCCCUAAUGAGCUGUAUGGUCUGUUGGCCUCCGGCUUCCGUAAAGCGCCGUUUACACUGGCGGGCAUUUCAUUGCGCGAUUUGUCUUGUGACAAGAGCGGCGAUUUUUUCCGGGCGAUUUUUAGCGCGAUUGUAUACAAAGUAGUGUCUCUAGCAGCGCUUUUACCAUAGUUGUCAACAGUGGCGAUGAAUGCAAAUUGGAGCCAAGAAGGUAUAGAGGCCUUAGACAAGUUGGUGAAGUGCAUCUUUCUAUUCAUGUUGGUGUCUUGUAUUUGAUCGUCUAACCCUUUCGCAUGGUCUGGUUUAUCGGUAGUUUCUGUUUAUCUUGCUAUCGUGUGUUCUCUGGAUUGAAUUUGAAUUGUAUGUACUGCAAUGACUUAAGAUCUUUUUAAUUCACAGAUAGAACCAGGGAUGCAUCUUUUGAUAACUGGACCCAAUGGCUGCGGUAAAAGCUCACUGUUCCGUAUCCUUGGUGGAUUGUGGCCCGUUUACAAAGGCUUCUUGGCAAAACCACCCCCAACACAUAUGUUCUACAUACCUCAAAGGUGAGUUGUAUGCAUUGGUACUCCUGACGGUGUGUAUACUGUCACAGUCUAAUGAGUAGAUACGACUUGCAAGGGCGCAGUAAAAGGAGCUAGGUGACGAGGAUAUUGCUGUUGUAGGCCAGUUCUUUGCUGAAGUCAUUAUUUAGUGUCUUUACCCAUACACAAAAUACUCUUGUAGAGUUAUGAAAAAGAUAUAAAUUUCUUUAGAGAGCACUAAACAUGUUAAGACGGAAUCCAUUAGGAAAUUGAGUAAUUUCAAUUUUCAGUGGACAAAAACCUUGUACCAGAAUGAUUUAAACCACAUUGCAUUUUUAAAUAAAACGAGAAAAGAGUUCUUGGCGAAAAUGCUUAAACGUGAAGGCAUCUUCACAUCAAUUGCCAUCAAAUGUCAUCGCCACGAGGGACUCGCAGUUCUGCAAAUGUUUGCACUAUUAUUUUGCUUGGAGCAUGUGAAGACCUUGAAAAGCGUUUGGGAGAAACUGUCGACAAGUAAGUUUAGGACAAAACGAAGAAGCACAGACGAAAAGUAGCGUUUGUGACUUGGAAAGUGUCUAAACUGGCACAAUCCUCGAACAGUCAACCGACACAGCAGGUUUGACUUUUUCUUUUCUGUUCAUUGUAUAAAACGAAUAAAUUCUAUGUUGCCGUGGGUCUGUUUAGUAAUGGAUCACCGAUGACGUCAAAAUGUGGUUAAAACAUCAGUGACACACUCGCCCGCGGCUCGUGUGCCACGUCUUUGUUUUUUACCACCUGUUGACGUCAUCUGUGAUCUAUUACUGAGCACGCGCACGGCAACAUGGAAUCUAUUUGUUAAAGAGCUUCUACUGAAUUUUGAACUGGCGCCCUCAUCCUUUGUGUCGGUUAUUUUUCCAUCAGGCCUUACAUGCCUAUUGGCUCUCUGCGCGAUCAAGUGAUUUAUCCACAUACAGUGGAAGACAUGCAAUCUCAUGGCAUCUCAGACGAUGACCUUGAGUCCAUUUUGGCCACUGUUCACCUGCAGUACAUCAUCAAACGAGAAGGAGGUAAGCACACGCUUAUCAACUGUAGCCUGGAAUGUACGCCUAUAAUAAAUAAAUAAAUAAUGAAUAAAUAAACCGUUUAAUGGAAAGGAACGAUAGACGAUAGCGGCCACACUGACUAUGACUUUCAUCUUUUAGCUACAACCAGUUACAAAAAUGUGGAGACACUCCAACGAAAAACCGGCCUUUUUUUCUUCAAAUCACCGCUAGUCACAAUUAUGUGCUACAUAAUUCUCACCUCCCUCCUACCCCCCAUUUAAAGUUGUUCCUCCAAGUUUUGGGCAUGCAUGGUCUUCUAUUGCUAGCAACUUUGAUAAGGGAAGGUGGGGGGAUCACAAGCACAAGAUCAUGGACAGGCCAUUUAAGCCAAAAAUUAAUAAGGUACAAUGUCUCAAGUACUUUUACAACUGGUUGUAGCCUGGAAAAAGGGAAAAGGAGGCUUUUUUUCUGGCCCAAUUCUUCUCCUUUUUUCUUUUACUCCUCUUCCCCUAACAGUUUUUCGAAAAAUUCAGAAACUCGUUAACUUAAGGCAUAAUUAAACAACGUUCUAAACUUUUCAGCGCGUGGAGUUUUUGAUAAGAUAAAAAAAUAAAACAAAACACACAGUUGUGAGCAUAAUUUGUCUCUUGUGAUAUUGAUAGGUAAUCAAUUGGUAAACUCGUUUUGAAAAUUAUUCAAAUUUACUCAAAGCGCAAGUGAAAAUAAUUUUAAUCGUCACCAAACACGUACUGAUUGGGUUGGUGUAAGGGGGGUUCUAAUUUACUUGGGACGUUAAUAAACACACCUUCAUGCGCUUACUAUUAGUUCUUAGGAAUGUUUAUAUAACUGUUGUGAUCGCAUUCUAUGCCCUUUUCUUUUAACUCUGGAUAUAACAUAGACCGCGAGCAGUCUCUCUUUUUCUUCAGAUUUAGUGAGGAGAGUGCGCGCGAGCGCCUUCAGUCACGCGCGUGGACACUUGCGUGUCUCGCGCGUUUUGCUCAAUGGUCCCAGAAAAAAGAGAGACUGCAGGUAGUCUAGAUGUGACAUGUGUGACAAAUCUUUAAACAAUAAGUUUCUGAAGUUCUUUGAGUCUCGUUGAAGGCUGGGAUGCUGUGAAAGAGUGGAAAGAUGUGUUUUCAGGAGGAGAAAAGCAGAGGAUGGGUAUGGCACGGCUGUUUUAUCACAGGUUUGUGUUACUAAUAUUACAGCAUCAAAACUCCCCUUACUUGUCCCUCUGCACUUUUUGCCGAGGCAUUGGGAAGAUUUGCUGCAACAUGCAGUGUAAAGGAAAAAUUAAAAUUGUGCGAGCGAUUUAAAUUGUAUGAUUGUAUUUGUUGAGUUAAUUGUUGAAAUUGCUUUAAUAGAUCUCUCAUAACAUUGUUGAACGUGUUGCCAAAAAAUCAACGAAAUUUGACCCUUUACGCCCCGAUAUCCACAGGGCUGUUAUUAACGGCCGGGGACCCGGGGCCGGGGAUUUUCCCUGGCUAUUAUGAGCGUGACCCCGCUUACCUUUGUAGGAAAAUAGAAGAAAAAUAGAACCAAACAAAAUCCCUAGCUGUUGAAUUCCCCUCCUACCUGCCUCAUUAGCCCGGCAUCUUGAAAUUUUAAUGACAGCCCUUUGUCCACCUACGAAUUUUCUAGACUGAUCUUCAAGAAUAAGGUACUUGGGAGAGUUCGAUAACAGAUGCGAGUCAUUUUCCUGUAGGUGAUCAUUUUAUUAACGCUCUUGACCUUUUACUUGAUUAUGUGUUGAUAUUGUCAGGGAAAAUUAAUGUUGAUCACUCUUGGAACUUAAAGGGUUACUCGUGAUUGUGGCGUGCAUGGCGUUACUACUUUUGAGCCAGUAAAAUUCACCCUGUGUAAGGGAAUCUGGAAUCUGGGAUUCGAGAACAUUUUGCUCUCGUGAAUAUAGAAUGUGAAUGUCUGUUUCUUUCAUUAGCUGUAAAGCUAAACACAUUGACACGUAAAUAAAGUUUUCAUUUAAUUUAAUUUGUGGAAUCCUGAAUCCUGGGCUUUGGAAUACAGCUCAAGGAAUCCGGAAUCCCACUUAUGAUUGGAAUCCAGAAUCCACGUUUCACUGACAAAGACUGGAGUUCAGUACCUGAAGCUCGGCUUCCACGGCUUCCAAUCCAGAAUCCAAGACUACGUUGGGAUGUCUAGGAUUCACUUAUAUGGGGCGAUGUAAUGCAGUUGCCAUUCCACAUUUCCCGUAAUACACUUUGUUUGCUUGUUUCUUGCACCCCAAAAGACGCAAACAGUUUUGCAUAAGCAUUGUCUUCAAUUUCUCUUGGGACUUUCAAUCGUCCCGAGAGAAAUGUAAACAAAGCGUAUGCAAAACUACUUGCGUGAAACACGCAAACAAAGUGUGUUGUGGGAAAUGUGGAAACGGCGAAUAGGCGUGCAAAGAUGAAGCAAUCGCUAAAAUACUUUUGAUAAUAUUUAUAAAUAUACACACAGAAUUUACAAAAGAUGGGGUAAGGGAGCCCAUGGAAGCCAAUAAGGCUUAUGAAAAGGAAUAUAAAAAUAUAUGACUUAAAUACUUAAAUAAAAUACUGGCAUAGGCAAUGCAAUUUAAGGUGGCUCGACUGGAUUUUUUGAGGGGGCUACCGCCCAAGUUUGAGCAUUAACUACGUCGGCAUGGGUAAAGAUAUGGAAAAAAGGCUACCACAACUGUAUUAUAUAAAGAUGAAAAUUUCUUAUGAUCUGGGUUUUAUUGCAAUUGGAGUCGCCAUGGCAACGUAAUGACGCCAUUACGUCUUUCAUUUAUCGUUGUGUUUCUCUGUACCAGGAGUUUUUUGAGGAAAUCGCUUAAGGGAGUGUGUACCUGCCAUAAUUGCCUCCAUUAUGGCAAAGUUUGAAGAAAUUCUAUGAGAGCGUUUUCGAAAUAUUCUGAAAUGCAGUUUUAAGAAUCAUAAAAACAGUGAAAUAGCAUGCUAGCCACACAAUUCGCUAAUAUUUUAAGAAAAUGAUAAGCUUUGGGAACGCGGCUUCAUCUCAUAGUGGUUUGAUUCCCUUCAAAACUGCAUACGAAAAAAGAGGGGAAUUGCUCUGGGCGAUGGCGAGUAAGAAGAAUUUUAUUAACUUUCGUUCAGCUGCUUUUGAUACAGUUUUUGGAGGUAAUUUGGUCCAUGCCUAAAAAUUUCGCAUUUUUCCAAAAACUGCUCGAUAAUUUUUUUUAUAAAUUCGACAAUCCCGAGAUCAAUCGUCAAGAAAUAUUCCCUGCAAGUUUUAAGAACAUUGAAAACAGGAAAGACUUUUAAAUAGGGCUCAAAUAUAGCCAAUUUUCCCCCCAGAUUUUGUGUUUACAAGCGAGCGUCCUCGUUAUUCAGCUUUUUUAAUACUUUCUUCCCGCUUUCACAUACAUUCUAUUUUGAAACUCGCCCCAGUCCUCUCUCAAAAAUCGGAGAAAAUGCAUUUGGUGCGCACUUUCUGCAGCUCUACCGCAAAAAUGAGUACGGUGACCCUCAUUUUUUAUUCAUGAUUUUAGUAAGGACAGUGUUUCCUUUCGAUGAGAUGUUCAGUUUUUUGGCAAUUUUACUAAAUUGUACGGAUUGAGCUGUCACGGGUCGAAUAGCGCGUGUCCAAUUCAAUUCUACUUUAGAGCGUAAAGUAAAAACAGGAGAAUUAAAAGGCAUUUUUCUGGUAUGUAAGUGGAUAAACAAUACAAUAAAGUCAAAUUCUGAGCGAUACCACAUGCAUCAUCGAAAAAAUCUCUCCGUUUUGUCUAGUUUUGGGCUGCGCGCGGUUUUUUUCAAAGGGUCCAAAAUAGCCGUAUUUGUCAGCAUUGUGACGUCAAAACGAGCAUGAUGACCCCCACUUUUUAUUACUGUUUUAUCAUCUUCUUGACUUGUUACAUCAGUGUACCCAGUUUCAUCUACAAUCUAUGUUAGGUUCUUUUACUAGGGAAUCACCUUAAGUUACUAAAAGAUAUUAAGAAAUAAAUUUUAAAAGACACCUAUUUAAAAAAGCCCGUUUAAAUCGUCAUGACCCCUUUCUCUAAGAACCCCAUUACGUUUGGGUGGAAGCAAGUCAUACAAUACAUGCAUGACCAGUGUCACUUGUGAUUCUGUUGAAAAGAUCACUGCCCCUUUUCUUAAUAACAUCAGAUAUCAAAAUGAUCUUAUUUGUCCUACAGACCGCAGUUUGCUCUGCUGGACGAGUGCACCAGUGCUGUGAGUAUUGAUGUCGAAGGAAGCAUCUUCCAAGCUGCUAAAGAUGCUGGUAUCAGUCUGUUAAGCAUCUCCCACAGAUCUUCUCUCUGGUUUGUACUCGCGUUUAUAGAGCGCUUUUCAAUUGAGUGUCGAAAACCAAAACCAAAGUAAUCACAACGGCCAAUCAGAGUAAAGGAAAUUAUCAGAGGGAGCCAAUGGCAACUCGAAGUAAACGCGUGUAGCGCGGGAAAACGCGAGUGACCAAGGAGCGAUUGGUUUUAGUUUACAUCUGAUUGGCUGAGAGGGUGGCGCGAGUUUUCUAGACCAAUCAAACAGCACAGUAAAGCAAAACCAAUUCAAUCCUGGAUUACUUUCAACACUCGAUUGAAAAUUUCUCUAUAUACUUUUUAAGAGUAUCACUCCCUUUUUAUCCAGAAAGGUAUUAAGAAAAAGAGAAAAUUAUCAUUUAGGCCGACCUUGUUGUAUUCACAUUCGCCCGCGACCCUUGGGGGAAGCUCUAAAUAGCCUGAGAAAACAGCCGCGAAAUAACGUCUGAGAAACAAACUCAGAAAUUCCAUACUGAUGACGUGUCACUACCCACAUCUAGGUAGUGCUUCUGAUAAGCUGAAGUAAAUUUCCCACGCGGCUCGAUUAAUCAGAGCACUACCCAGAUGGUAGGGUAGUAGGAUAGUAGUUGGGUAGUGACGAGUCAUCAAAAUGGAAUUUCUACGCUCGUUUCUCGGGUGCCAUUUGGCGAAGAAACCAGUGAUGGCGUGGCGAAAUGUCGGCUGUGAGCAUUUGAUGCAGCGCUGGGGAUAAUCCAGGGAUGGGAUAGACCGGCGUCCAUUCCAGAAGAGAUGUGACACAUAUCCUGCAAAUACGGUCGCCUCUCUGUUAUCGAUCUCCGCCGUUGUAAGCUUUCUGCGCCCCACAGGCAGAGAGCGAUGAGGGGCAGCUGUAUUCCAGGCUGUGACAGAGAUUAAAGUUAGGUUCUUCGGCUUUCCGCUUAUAAAAGAAGCCCCCUAACCCUGACAACAAAAGGUAGUGCAGGUUAUAGGGACCAAUGAAAUGAGGUUUGGAAGGGUGCUGGUCAAUAGCUUCUUUAGCUUGUAGGCGUGUAUUACAAGAAAUACAUUUAUCGCAACACCUCGCGAAGCUAUGAAGCUGUCUUCGGGAAAGGCGAGAAACUUUCAUCUCUCCCUAUCCCUCUUCCCCCCGCCUCACGAGUACUGUUUGCCAUUUAGAAUGGACUUCCACUGUCGGGUUUCUUUACGUGCGUACACACGUAAAUUUUGCGCCCGUAAAUGAAAAAGAAGCAAUGUAUGAAAGCCGUGCGUAAACGUACAAGUUGAGCGCGAUUCAGUUGUUGCGUUGUACUAUCAGGGGUGGUCUGCAUAUCUUCCAGACUUCUAUUUGGUAUUAUCUUUACCUCCUACAGUAACUGGAAUUUGGAGUAUUGUUGCUGGCGGUGUAACCGCCCUUGCCAUGAUGCACCGCGUCGCGCGUCUUCAUGUAUGUUUGGCCUUCAUUUUCUCUGUAGGAAAUUCCACACCCACUUGCUUCAGUUUGACGGAGAAGGGGGCUGGCGCUGGGAGGAGCUGAACACAGCAACGAGGCUCACACUUCAUGAAGAAAAACAGAAGCUUGAGUCACAGCUGGCUGGAGUACCCAAGAUGCAACAGAGAUUGAAGGAGUUGUGCUCCCUGCUUGGAGAAGACUCAGUGUUGUGCGUGCGAACGUAGAGCGUCCCAGCCGCCGUUUUAAGUCUGAACAGGCACUUGCAGCUCUCUUUCGUUAGUGCUAGAGUCAUUCUAACAAAUUGCCACCAAUACAGCACAAGUUCUGUUUCUUUUGAAACUAACCCCAUCUUCUUUAGAGACCUUUAGAUUCUAAGACAAGGACGACUGCGAACGCGAUAUUUUCUCAAUACUAAGUAGUGCACGCGCGUGAACCAGCGUCAUUUUGGUGGAAAAACGUUACAGUAGUCGUCAUUCCACUGCGAGGCUUAGCGAGAAUGUCGUGCGGAAACAGGUUUUAUUAUAUACAUACUGAGAAAUACUCACUAAAAAGCUAUGUCGUAAUUUUUCGUACGCAAAUUAGUUCUAGCCAAUCAGAGGAGCGAACGAUGGUUUUCACACGUGAAAAAAAUGAUACGUCCAAUCAGAAUCGCGAACGAUGUUUUUUCACGUGUGAGAAAAAUGAUACGUCCAAUCAGAAGCCACAGAGGUG